AUGAAUUUUAAAUAUCUUAAAAUAUCAUUAUUACUGAAUUUCAGAUAUAAAAAAAAAGUCAAUCCAAUCAAAAUUGAAGAUAAUCGUAGAAAUCUCAUUAAAACUGAAAUUGAGUUUAGAAAAGAAAUUGGAAAUAUAAAGGGAAUUUCUGAUAUAGGCUUUGGUUCCGUUGAUGAAAGAGAAGUUUUUAUUGUUACUUUAUUACCUGAAACACCGAUACCAAACGAAAUACCACCUGACUUUAGAAAUUAUCCUGUAUUAAUUGAUUAUGGAAUAGUGAAAGGAUUUCAUCGUAAUUAUCAUUAUUUGCUUGAACUUGGUAUCAGUAUUGGAGAUAUUAAUGAAGUUAAUGCAUGCACUUUGGGUCUUGUAACUAAGUUAAGAUCAGAUUUAGAAAAAAAUUAUAUCCUUACUACUAAACAUGGUGUUGGACCUGUAGACACUUUAGUGUGUCAACCUGGUAAAAUAGAUCUAGUAAAUGGCAUGACUUCUCAGGAUUGUGCUAAUGUAACACAAUACCACUGUCUAGAAGUUGAUCAGGAUGAUCAUAUUAUUGAUUAUGCGUUUUGUGAAAUUAAAGACAAUGGUAGAGUGAAUAAAAUUCCGAAUGAAUUAUGUGGACUUAAGAGAAGUAUCGGGUCUUUUGAUACAUCUGUAAAUGGAACUUCAGGAAGAAUAAUAAAAGUUGAGAAAGUCGGUAGAACUACGUAUCACACAAGAGGAGAUAUGUGUGAUUUAUGGGUAGGUUUUAUGUCUAAUAAUUUUAACCCACCAAGAAGACUUGUUGCUUUAAAAGUAAAUGGAGAUGAAAAAGCAUUUGGUGAACCUGGAGAUUCUGGUUCACCAGUUUUUGACAUAGAUAAUAAAUUAGUAGGAAUUCUCCAAAGUGGUGUUGAGAACAGACCAUAUGUUUAUAUUAUUCCUAUCAAUAUAAUCAUAGAACAUAUGAGAAAUUUUCAUAGAAUGGAAUUCGAGCUAGCAUAG